AUGACUUUGUUCCCCACCAAGUUUGAAAAUGGGAAGAUUGAGUACAAGAUAAGGUACAAGGGGAGAUCAAGGCCAUUCUCUAGAGCCAAGGCCUUGGUGACUUCAGAACAGUCCAGGGACCCAACCAAGCUAAAGGAGCUUCUGUCUCAAGUCCUCACUAUCACCCUUGAUGGACCAACUUCAAGAAGCAACAAGUUCAAGAUGUUGAGAGGUGAAGGGAAGCCAAGCAGCUUGGAGAAGAAGGAGAGAAGCAAGAAUGAGAGAAAGGAGGCUAGAUGCAAGGAUUUGGAAGGAGAUCAAAGGAGGAGAAGCAUGAUGAGAGAUGUCUACUCUGAGGAGAGAGGGAUGGUCUCCAAUGAAGAAGGAAGUGAUGAGACUGAGAGUGAAGAGGAAGGAGAAGAGGUGAAUCAAGAGUUGAGAAGUGAGCAAGAGAACCAAGAUGAAGCCCAUGGAGGAGGCUGA